AUGUAUGGUAAAGUCAUAGCUGGUGUGGUUGGAGGAGCUGUGACAGUGGCUGCUGUGCCCGUGGUCCUGGGUGCUGUGGGCUUCACUGGAACAGGAAUCGCUGCCUCUUCCAUUGCGGCGAAGAUGAUGUCAGCAGCGGCUGUGGCCAAUGGGGGCGGGGUGGCUGCAGGCAGCCUGGUGGCCACUCUGCAGUCAGUGGGUAUGGGUGGACUCUCCAUCACCUCCAAUAUCCUUUUGGGCUCUUCUGGGUCUGCUUUAGGGGCCUGGCUCUGGUCUGAGAAGAACCAUCCUCUUUCUGACACACCCCUGUCCUGCGACUCCUCCCAGGAAGGAGAUUCACCACCUAGUACCUCAGAAAUGCCCAUGAUAGCCCCGAUGCCUCCUACAGUGUUGAAGCCUUGAGAAAUAAAGAGAGGUGCCAUGACCU